CUUCCUGAUGGAUGUUCUCUAAAUGCAAAGGCAUUACUGGUUUUGGGAGCUUCUGCAUAUUUUUUAGAUACUGCUCUAGUACAACAAGCAUGGAUACAUACUAUAGAAAUAAAUUUAUCUUUGUUUGUAGAA